GAGCUCGCUCACGGAGGGCUACAGCUAUAAGAAGUCUGCCCAAUAGUUUCGAGGGGCUCGUGACUAUUGUACCCUUCCCAGAGACAACUGAGGAAAUGGAUUUUCAUUAUGCCUGUUGCCCUUUGCUCAUAUUUUUUCUGACGGCUGAUGGGAGUAUCUAUUGCAUAUGGGAUGACGGCAUUGUUGCGUUCUUCUGGGUUUUGGUUUUGGUUUCAUUGUUUACUGGCAGCGAUGGGUUCUCGUGCUGUUUCACCCUUCUCCACUUGUCUGCUGUGGUUGCUUUUGCUCUUUUACAUUCUGAUCAUUCUCAUUUCUGUGACCUACCCGUGUUCCUGGCGUCGGAUGUUCUACGGUUGGGAAUAAUUUUUUCAUUACGGCUGCAGCACCUUUUUGAUAUUGAUGCCUUUCUUCCUCAUGGGUUCAUCUGGCACCGUUUCGUCGCGUAGCCCUUUCAUAUUCUUGUCUUACGUGGAAAUUGCUAUGCAGUCUCCUGCACACAUAACGAGCAUAAGCGCUACUCAAGAGGGACUUUGUGGAGUCGGGUUGCCUGCUGGAUGGCUAAUUCCUUGC